UCUCCUCCACCAUCUCCACCACCACCACCGUCAACACCCUCUCCGGAAACAAUGGGGGAAGAACAUUACCGUCAUCUCCUCCUCCUCCUCCUCAUUGUUUCCCUCUUCUUCAUCAAAACCCAUUCCUCCUUCACUCCUUCCGACAACUACCUCAUCAACUGCGGCUCCUCCGCCGAGACAAAACUCCCCGACGGUCGGACUUUCAAAUCCGACCAACAGUCUGUCUCCUUCCUACAAACAGAAGAAGACAUCAAAACCUCCGUCGACACCAUCCCCUCCUCCUCCGACACCCUCCCUUUAUACCUAACCGCCCGUAUCUUCCCCGGAAAAGCAACUUACUCCUUCUACAUCUCCCGCCCCGGCCGCCACUGGAUCCGCCUCCAUUUCUACCCUCUCCCUCACCCUCUCUACAACCUCACAGACUCCGUCUUCUCCGUCACCACCGACACAACCGUUCUCUUACACGACUUCUCCGCCACAAACCCUUCCUCCGUCGUGUUCAAAGAGUACCUCGUCUACGCCUCGGAGAAGCUCUCUUUGUAUUUCAAACCACAUAAAGGCUCCAUCGCUUUCAUCAACGCCGUGGAGAUCGUCUCCGUCCCCGACGAGCUUGUCCCUGACUCUGCCUCCUCUGUUCCGCAAUCUCCUGACUUCAAGGGCCUAAGCAGCUUCUCUCUCCAAGUCUCUCACCGGUUAAACAUCGGAGGAGACUUGGUCUCCUCCAAGAUCGACCCUCUCUCUCGCACGUGGCUCUCUGACAAACCCUACAACUCGUUCCCCGAAGGCUCUCGAAACGUCACCGUCGAUCCCAAGACGAUAACUUACCCUGAAGGGGGAGCCACGGAGCUCAUCGCUCCUAAUCCGGUUUACGCAUCGGCCAUGGAGAUGGCCGAUGCGCAAACCAGCGAGCCUAACUUCAACCUCUCGUGGAGCGCGAGCGUUGACUCUGGUCAUGAUUAUUUCAUCAGGCUUCACUUUUGUGACAUUGUGAGCAAGUCUCUUAACGAACUCGUCUUCAAUGUUUUCAUCAACAAGUUCAUCGCGAUCUCCGGACUCGAUCUUUCGACCAAGACCAACGCUCUAGGGACAGCUUAUUAUGCGGACUUCGUGCUCAACGCGUCCGCUAUCACCAAUGGGUCCAUCCUGGUUCAGGUCGGUCCGACGCCUAACCUACAAUCAGGUAAACCGAAUGCGAUUCUCAACGGUUUAGAGAUCAUGAAGCUGAACAACGCAGCCGGGAGUUUAGACGGGCUUUUCGGGGUCGAUGGGAAGUACAGAGGACCGAGUAUUGGGAUGUCGUCUAAGAAGCUAGCCAUUGCGGGUAUCGGGUUCGUCAUGGGCCUAACCGCUUUCUUCGGGGUUGUUGUCUUGCUUGUUAGAUGGCAGAGACGUCCUAAAGACUGGCAAAAACAGAACAGUUUCUCCUCGUGGUUGCUUCCUUUGCACGCAGGACACUCGAGUUACAUGUCGAGCAAGGGCGGGUCAACUACAUCGAGGAAAAUGAGUAUCUUCGGGUCGAAGAAAAGCAAAAGCAACGGGUUCUCUAGCUUCUUCUCAAACCAGGGUUUAGGUCGUUACUUCCCCUUCACGGAACUGCAAACCGCGACGCAGAACUUCGAUGAGAAGUCUGUGAUCGGUGUUGGAGGAUUCGGUAAAGUGUAUAUCGGAGAGAUCGACGGUGGGACGCAAGUGGCUAUCAAAAGAGGGAACCAGAGCUCAGAGCAAGGGAUCAACGAGUUUCAGACAGAGAUUCAGAUGCUGUCCAAACUCAGACACAGACAUUUGGUUUCACUUAUAGGUUUCUGCGAUGAAAAUAAAGAGAUGAUUCUUGUCUACGAGUACAUGUCAAACGGUCCUCUACGUGAUCAUUUAUACGGCUCUAAAGAAAACGACCCUAACCCUAUACCUACCUUGUCGUGGAAGCAACGUCUAGAGAUCUGCAUUGGCUCAGCGCGUGGACUCCAUUAUCUCCACACGGGUGCAGCGCAGGGGAUCAUCCACCGUGACGUCAAAACCACCAACAUUCUCUUGGACGAGAACCUUGUCGCUAAAGUCUCAGACUUUGGACUUUCCAAAGAUGCCCCUAUGGAGCAAGGGCAUGUAAGUACAGCAGUGAAGGGUAGUUUCGGGUAUUUAGAUCCUGAGUACUUCAGAAGACAGCAGCUCACUGACAAGUCAGAUGUUUACUCGUUCGGUGUGGUCUUAUUCGAGGUUCUAUGUGCAAGGCCUGUGAUAAACCCACAGUUACCUAGAGAGCAAGUUAACCUAGCAGAGUAUGCUAUGAACUUGCAUAGGAAAGGCAAGUUGGAGACAAUCAUUGACCCUAAGAUUGUCGGAACGAUUAGUAAAGGUUCCUUGAGGAAGUUUGUGGAGGCUGCAGAGAAGUGUUUGGCUGAGUAUGGUGUUGAUAGGCCUGGAAUGGGAGAUGUGUUGUGGAAUCUUGAGUAUGCUUUGCAGCUUCAAGAAGCUUCAGCUCAAGUUGAUUUGUCUGAAGAUAAGACUACUAUGAAUAUUCAGAUGGAGUUUUCCGGCGAGGAGAUGCAAUCUCCGCCGCAUCCUUUGCUGUGACAUCGCCGGUUUUUUAAGUGUGAUUCUUUGUUUGUUUGUUUAGCUUGGCUUUCAUAAAGA